UAUCUUGUUUUUUAGCCAAAUGCUUUCCCCAGCUGUGGCAAAUGUGAAGGAUUUCGGGUGAAGCUGAGAAAAGCAAAUGGAGACACACGGAAAAAGUUGGAAUCGCUUCGAGAUGCACACUUGAAGACAGCUGAAGUAUAGCGAUCCAAUUAUGCAGACCACAAAGUUAUGACUCUCAGGAAUGAUGAUUGGCUCACAAUGGUGAUUGAUGGCAUGGACCAGGCAGAGACCAACAUCCCGCGAUUUGCCAAGGAAGACAGACACACCACAGGCUUACCAAAGAUCAUCACUCACAUCACUGGAGUCAUGGUGUACACCGGCAAGGGUGUUCGUGAAUUUGCCUUCUUACCAAAGAUCAUCACUCACAUCACUGUAGUGAUGGUGUACAUCGGCAAGGGUGUUCGUGAAUUUGCCUUUGUAGACAUUGGGCAGUUUCCACAUGAUUCAAAUCUAUGUGUGGAAGUCAUUCUUCGAUCACUCCUGCUUGUGAAGAUGGACUUGAAGAAUAAACUCUUCCUGCAGAUGGACAACUGUGCCAUCGAGAAUAAGAACAAUUUCAUUUGUGCUCUCGCAUAUCUGGUGGAAACAGGCGUAUUUGAAGAAGUUAGUAGAAGUCUUCCUUACUUCCCACCUGACUUCUUACCUGUAGCCACUAAUGAUGGCAUUCCCUAA